CGUGUGUGAUUGGCUGGUGUUUUUUUGUGGCGCGUCGAGGGAAAUACGGAGUUCCCGCCAGAUAUCCAGAGCGUGAGAGAGCUGCGCCGUCUAUCAAGUGGGUGAAGUCGCCAUGGCCGAUAUAUACGAAGCGCCCCGGGUCCGGAUUAAUACCAGCAUGCUAGCCCAGUAUAUGGGCAGGCCCGUGUGCUUCGUGGGGCGAGUAGAGAAGGUUCACCCCUCCGGAGCAUCCUUUGUAUUGUCAGAUGGAGCUGGUAAAAAUGUGACCGUUGAGCUUUCUGAACCAUUGGAUGAAGAACUUUCAGGAGUUGUUGAAGUUGUCGGCAAGGUUACUCCAAAAGCAACAAUAAUGGGUGUCUCCUAUGUCCCAUUCCGAGAAGACGGAAACUCUUUUGAUCUGGCACUCUAUGAUGAAGCUCUGAAAAUAAUUCAUGAAUUUUCCCAAUUCUACCCGUUUUGAAGGAUUUGAGCAGUGUCUAGUCUAAAAACGAACAAAAAAAACACCUUAUAGCAUCACAUGGAAUAAUGUGACAUUCAAAGUUGUUGGCCAGGCUUUCAGCUCGAUCAUAACAAAGGGCUGGUUACAUAACAGGUCUGUACUCUGGUUCAUCUGUGUCGUUAAUGAAAUGCAUAUCGCGCUGCAGGUUUUGUAAGAUCCCUGUCCCUAUUUUAUUUCCUGCUAUUAGUUUCUGGAAGCUGUUUCAGAGAUGCACUUAAUUGUUCCAAAUAACUUAAUCUAGCGUGUCAGCUAUAACUAUGUAUUGAGAACUGUUAUGAAUAGUUAAAAGUAGAGAUGCUGUACAAAUGUGUGAAUUUGUUCAGCCCUUACCUAUAUGAUGAAAAAGCAUUUUUCUUCAUGUGCAGCGUAAGAUGCACUGUAUAUUUUCACUAUCUCAAGUACUUCUGCUUAGUUCUGAUUUUGAGUUUUCUCAAUAAAAUAAUUUUGUAAAUGUGUUACAGUAACAUGUUAA